AUGUCGGACGCCACUGGCUUGCUCUGUGAAUUAUGGAGCAAACAUCGGCUGACGAUUGCCAUUGUCUUUACUAGCUAUAUAGCACUGGUUCGACUUCUUCGAUACAGCCGCAUGGUGAAGAUUGAGGCCCCAUUCGCAUCUGGCAGGAAAGACCUGCCAGAAAUGACAGUCAAAGAAGCACAUGAUAUAUUGAACCAAUUGCAAGAGCUCGAGUUUCCACAUGCGUUUUCUAAAGCUCGCAAAAUGGCUCUAUUGAAGGCUGGAGGUAUCCCGACUAUGUCUAAACUCUUCGCGGUUACAGGCCAAAACAACAAGCGAAAUUCGGGCAAGCGUGCUGUUGAUACGGAAAUCCUCUUGCGAGAGGUGCAGUCCAAACCUCGGGAUUCUGAUCGUUAUGCAUCAGCCGUGGCUAGAAUGAAUUAUCUUCAUGCUCGUUACCGUCGUGCUAGCAAAAUAACGGAUAAUGAUCUCCUCCAUACUCUGGGUGACGGUCUUGCCGAGAUCGUGACUGUUGUUGAAAGAGAAGAAUGGCGUAAGCUUACUGACGUUGAAAAAUGUGCUCUCGGUAUCUUUCACAAGAACCUGGGAGAAGACAUGGGAAUCCCCUUUGAUCCGCUUCCUUCAAAAAGCGAUGGAUGGAAAAAUGGUCUGCACUUUGCGAUUGAAUUGAUAGAGUGGACAGUCCGAUAUGAGGAAGAAGUGGCAAAGCCCACGGCAACGAACGACCAAUAUGUUCGAAUUUACGUUGAUUCAGCAUUGUCGUCGCUUCCUGGUUUCAUAAGAACGACUGUACGAAAGAUGCUGGGUAAUGACUUGGACGAUGUCAUGAGAACGAGCCUUUGUCUUGAAUCUCCUGGCCCAGUCCUCUGGUUCCUAUUAACAUUUAUCCGAGAAGCACGGAAAGUAUUCCUCCGAUAUCUUGCACUUCCACGGUCUUCAUCCAGUGCUGUUAAACUAGUGCACGACAUGCCAAACCAAGAAACGCGUCUAUAUAAUUUCCAAAGGAAAACCCUGCAGCCAUGGUACGUCCAACCGACUUUCUGGUCAAAAUGGGGACUCGGCGCAUUGUUGGUUAGAGCAUUGGGAGGCAAGGUGCCCGGGUCGCGAGGAGAGCGAUAUCAACCAGGAGGAUACGACUUGAUGACGAUCGGGCCGGAGCCACAGAAGGAGCAUGGAGCGGAGGAGAUGAGAUCAGAUAUUGAUGUGAUCAAAGCGAGAGGUGUGGCUACAUGUCCAUUCUCACAGGCUAAAACAAAGUCGGGUCACUUCAAGUGA